AUGCAACCGAAUUGCGGCGUUUUUAUUAUUCAUAUUUCAACUUUAGCAUUGUGUGCUACGGUAACUGCCUUUUGCUAUCGCGCGUGGAAUCCCAACUCAUUGACUUCGGUUCACGGAAGGCCACUGUUCCGUGACCAGCGUGUGUCGAGUUUUGUGUCCCUUCGUUUCCUUGUUGGUCGCCACCGUCGAACAUCCAACCUUCGCAUGAUAUGGUGUUACCCGAUAGUCGAUGAUGGUCCUGAUCGCCGAAGCCGUCGUAAAAUAAAUCAGGCCUUCGAAAGGGGCCCUACCAAGGUGAACCUCUCAUUGACGUACGAAUACGCCAACCGUCUUGCGCAGAAUCAGAUGUUUGUACCUUUUUCAGGUUUGCUGCCAUUUUACCCCGAGGAAGGUUUAGGUCGCACCCAGGACGUUUACACGCCAGUCGAGAGCGCGUGUGGACAUGUUGAUAUCGAUGUUAAUGAGUUUGGAAAGAUAAAAACUGUUUACAGUACUUUUAAUGACAACGGUUCUGGCGUGUUGGAGCUCCUUGGCGCCAAGGGCGGUCAUUUUGCAUUCAAGUACUGCGGACCUUUGAAAGAGAAAUAUGGCACAAAAGCAUACUUGUCGUACCUUCUGAACGUUGUAUAUCCUGGUGCAAAAGUAACCAUUCUAACGGAGCACUCCGUGGACGACGUAGAUCGUGUGGGCGUGGAUCCUUGGCUGUAUGCCAAACAGCGUCGCCUCGUCGGGACGGGUCGCGAUUAUACUCAGUCGUUCAACGAUGGCAAACCUCACGAAAUGAGCUAUCCACAGAAGUUCGACAUGAUUGUUUGA